AUGUUUCCAUACAGCAUCCUUGAUAAAUCCUAUUUCAGCUUGGGUUUUGACCAAGCAACAAUCUCGCGAGACAACUGGGUCAAUGGCGUAGGGAGCGCUUCGUGGUCCCGCCGCAAGGGGGAGCUCGUGUUUGCGGAGCCCGGCGUCUGCUCGUCGGCGUGCGCGUGCGCGUGGUCGCGUGCGCGUGCGCGUGGUCGCGGGCGUGGGCGUGGGCGUGGGCACAGACAAACGGCUGCCGGUAAAGGGUCCUUGACCGUUUGCGUUGCGCAGUUUGCGUUUGAGGCCAUGGACCCCAGGUAUGCUGUACUUCGACGGGCCCAGCUGCACCUGGAUUUCAUCCACGCCAACUCCACCACUCACAGUUUUCUUUUUGGAGCACUGGCUGAAUUGCUGGACAAUGCAAGAGAUGCAGGGGCUGCAAGACUUGAUGUCUUUUCAGUGGAUAAUGAAAAACUGCAGGGCGGAUUCAUGUUGUGUUUCCUGGAUGAUGGAUGUGGCAUGAGCCCUGAGGAAGCUUCAGACAUCAUUUACUUUGGAAGAUCCAAGAAAAGGCUGUCAACCUUGAAGUUCAUUGGGCAAUAUGGCAAUGCUCUUAAAAGUGGGUCCAUGAGAAUUGGAAGAGACUUUAUUCUUUUUACGAAGAAGGAAGAAACGAUGAGCUGUGUGUUUUUUUCUCAGACAUUCUGUGAAGAAGAAGGUCUUAGUGAGGUUGUAGUUCCAAUGCCCUCGUGGUUAACAAGAACCAGAGAAUCUGUCACAGAUGAUCCCCAGAAAUUCUCAGUGGAGUUAUCUAUAAUUUAUAAAUACUCCCCAUUUAAAACUGAAGCCGAACUGAUGCAGCAAUUUGAUGGGAUCUACGGAGAAUGUGGUACUUUGCUGGUUAUUUAUAACUUGAAUCUUCUGCUUAAUGGAGAACCAGAGUUGGAUGUUAAAACUGACAGAGAAGAUAUACUGAUGGCUGGAGCUCUGGAAGAUUACCCAGAGAGAUGGUCCUUCAGAGCCUACACGUCUAUUCUGUAUUUUAACCCAUGGAUGAGAAUAUUCAUUCAAGCCAAGAGAGUUAAGACUAAACAUCUAGGCUAUUGCCUAUACAGACCCAGAAAGUAUCUUUAUGUCACAUCUUCUUUCAAAGGAGCAUUUAAAAAUGAAGUUCAAAAGGCAGAAGAAGCAGUAAAGACUGCUGAAUUUGUAUUGAAAGAAGCACAAAUGAAAGUAAACCAGUGUGACAGAACCUCUUUGUCUUCUGCCAAGGAUGUGUUACAGAGAGCUUUGGAAGAUGCAAAAGCGAAACAAAAGAAUCUUAAAGAGAAACAAAGAGAAUUAAAGAAGGCAAGAACACUCUCCCUGUUCUAUGGCGUGAACAUAGAAAACCGAAGCCAAGAUGGAAUGUUCAUUUAUAGUAACAACCGUUUGAUCAAAAUGCACGAGAAAGUGGGUCCGCAGUUGAAGCUGAAGUCCCUACUUGGCACAGGCGUGGUUGGAAUUGUUAAUAUACCCUUGGCGAUCAUGGAACCGUCCCACAAUAAACAGGAAUUUCUCAAUGUCCAAGAGUAUAAUCAUCUAUUAAAAGUCAUGGGGCAGUACGUGGUCCAGUACUGUAAGGACACCGGCAUCAAUAAUAGAAAUCUAACAUUGUUUUGGAAUGAAUUUGGAUACCAGAAUGACAUGAACAUAGAGAGACCCUUAAAUUCUAUUCAGUAUCAAAGAAGACAAGCCAUGGGUAUCCCAUUCAUCAUACAAUGUGAUCUUUGUCUUAAAUGGAGAGUCUUGCCUUCCUCUACUCAUUAUCAGGAGAAAGAAUUUUUUGACAUUUGGAUUUGUGCUAAUAAUCCUAACCUCUUGGAAAACAGUUGUCACCAGGUAGAACGUCUACCUUCCAUUCCCCUGGGUACCAGGAACACAGUAUCACCAUCAAAAAAUGAGAAAGAGAAGCAACUUAGAGAGUCGGUCCUGAAGUAUCAAAAUAGACUGGCAGAACAACAGCCACAGCCUCAAUUUAUACCAGUGGACAAAAUCUCUGAGUUGACUUCCACUUGCCUAACUUCAGCAACUCAGCUUUCAGUGAGCCAUAGAGGCCAGAAAAUGAACAUAGAAGAGACAGACUCUGAUGUGGAGUUUAUUUCAGAAACUAAAGUUAUGAAAAGGUCUACGGAGGAGAAAAAGAACUCUCAACAGCAGAGACGUCCAGUAGCUCUGCCAGAAAAUGUGAAACUAGCUGAGCGAUCCCAGAAAAUUCAGAUUGCUAAUAUCACCAGUGUCUGGAGAGCUCAACUGACUGAAGGGCCCCAGAAGAUUGCCCAGGCCACGUCUUGGAAAAUGAAAAGGAAGCAGGGUCUGAACCUUGCAGAGGAAUGUGUGGUAUUGUCUGAAGAUGAGAACAGCGGAAGUGAUCCAGAUAUAAUGCUGGUUUCAGAUAAAAGCAACGCCGAUGUUUCAUGGAAACAAGAAGAAAAGGCAAUUCCUCUUACAAACCAAGAAAAACAGGAGCUGUGCAGUGAUGUUCUAGCAACGAAAAGCAUCUCUUCAUUACCUACCUGGAAAAGCUUGCCCAGUGUGCCAGUGGAAGAUGUGAAUCUGGGUUCUGGACACAAAGCCAGAGUUUCUGUGCGUGGUGGUUGUAACGUUGCUUCUACACCAAUGUCUUCUCAAAGCACGUCUGUCAAGGAACCAGCGAGAAAACUGCUGUCUAAAUUAAGGGAGAUGCUCCUGUAUUUUUUUCCUGAGUAUCGGCUACCAUCAGAAUUGGAAGAACCUGCAUUAAGGUCUGAGCUGGAGCAGCGCCCAGAGCAGAUCAACGAAAAGCUGAAAAUGUGUUUCAACCAGAUACAGAAUACUUGCAUGGCCCAAUAUGAAAAAAAACUAAAGAGUAAAAUACAAUCCGUUAUCCAUGAUUCAAAUAUGAGAGGAAUACACAAUGAAAUCUCUCUGGCCCAAUGUGAAAGAAAAAGAAUAAUCUCUGAGGAUGAGCUGAAGAAUCUUCGUAUAAAACUGGCACUAUUGUUGGAGAAACUUCAACUGGGUGGUCCAGAAGGUGACCAGGAGCAGAUUGACACCUAUUUAGAAGCUUUGCUUAAAGAAGAUAAUCGCCUCUUCCAGAACAAUUAAAAUAAAGUGACCAUAGAUACAAGACAUAGGCCCUUGUUAGAAAAAAAAUGAAAAGACUCCUGAAAACUGAGAGUCAGAGAAGCUGUUCCCUUUUUUAAAAAUGCUAGUAAGAAAAUGGGAAGAUUCUUUAAAAAAAUUUCCUUUCUGUUGUUGUUACUGUAAUUGUUCUGUUUAACAAUAAGAAUUAAGAAAUAAUUGUCUUUUUUAAAUGAGAAAAUUGUAUACUGUAGAAAUGGAGACCAAUUUACAAUUUCUCUAAUCCUGUUUUAUUAUAGUCUCUAAUCCUGUUAUCUAAAUCUUCCUUUUCUUUCAGAAAUAUUAAUCAUUUCUAGAGUUCUCUAAUUUUCAUGUGAGCUACUAAAUGAAAAUGUCACUCAAGGUUAAAUUUUGUUAUUUCUUAAAAAGAUUGUUAUUGGCCGGGCGCUGUGGCUCAAGCCUGUAAGCCCAGAACUUUGGGAGGCCGAGGCGGGUGGAUCACGAGGUCAAGAGACCGAGACCAUCCUGGUCAACAUGGUGAAACUCCGUCUCUACUAAAAAUACAAAAAAUUAGCUGGGCAUGGUGGCGCAUGCUUGUAAUCCCAGCUACUCGGGAGGCUGAGGCAGGAGAAUUGCCUGAACCCAGGAGGCGGAGGUUGCGGUGAGCCGAGAUCGCGCCAUUGCACUCCAGCCUGGGUAACAAGAGCGAAACUCCUUCUCAAAAAAAAAAAAAAAAAAAGAUUGUUAUUGUAAUUUUGUUAUUCCUUAAAAAAUUUAAAAGCAGAUGUUUUCAAAAUCAAUAUGCAAAGAACUACAGAAUCACCUCCUCUUGAAGAUGUUGAAAAAGACGUUAUGCCCUUUCUCCACUAUAGCCAACCUCAGUAAAGCAGAAAAUAUAAAUCCCCCUAAAACUUUGAGAUAUGAUUUAUAUGACAAUUUUAUUAGUCAUAAGGAAUAAAUCUCCUAAGCAUAAUAUAUAUACGUAUUACACAUGUGAAAAUUGUUUUACAUUUACAGAUACAUAAACAUGCUUUUACACUUGAUAAGUGUUUUUUUUGUUUAGGAAUGUCUGAAACUUUAGACAAAAACAAUAAAACAUUUACUGUUCAUUGGUGUGUACUUUUUUAUGCUUGAUUCGCACAGUUGCAUUUUGUAGCCACCACUACCCCUCAAAUUCUAUUUAUUUUUUUUAG